UUUUUAAUGAAAUAACCAAAAAACGAGGAAACCGUGAAAAAAAACGAUUAUAAAUACAAGGUCCACUUCUGCGGGAAAAUUGUUAAAUUCGCAAUUGAUGAAGCUAAAUGUCAGGAGCUUCGAUUAGCAUCAAUUUCUCGAGGAUUAUGGAUCAUUUCAGGAUUUAUCUUUUUCUAAAUGGGUAAACUAGAAAAUAAAUAAGUCGAUAAAUUAGAGGAUCCUAUAGCAAUUUAUUGAAGUCAAGAAGAAACACAUUGUUUCGAAAAGGUGGUGAAAUUUCUUUUACUUCCUCAAGAAUGCCACAAAAAUUUGUAAGUUUUCUGAAGAAUCCAAAAUCAUGUUCGAAAAUUCAUCAGAGUUUUAAAUUUGUCAAAUAUUGACAGGUAGCGAGCUCUAGCCUAAAAAUGGAUCAUAUUUGAAAAAAACUAAAACUAUGAAUCACUUUUGAAAAGUGAAAAAAACCCGACAUUUUCCGUGUGUUCACGAUGCUUAAAACUAUUAUUUGUUUGCUUCUUUAUACCCACUCUAUUAGCUUUCCCUCUCGCAUAAUUGCUUUUGUAACGAGUCGCUAAUUGCCUAGAUAUAGAUGCCAUUAUGACAAAAAAAUAAAUUUACAUUUGAGUAAUGCGGAGUUUUAUAUUUUGGAAGAGAAGAUCGAAACAUUUUUUUUUAAGAAAUAUGUUUAAAAAAAAUGGCGCUGUUUUUCAACCAAACCAUUGUUAAUAAAAGGAAUAAAAAUUAUGACCUUUGCUAGAAAUUAUUUUUUAACAAUCAGCAGUUUGCAAUACUAAAAAACAAUGAUCUGUUUCGAAUACAAAUUGGCGUCAAUUAGUGACGGUGAUUUAUGAAACGAGACUCAAUCACAAAAUGAUAGCCAGUGACUUGCUUUCAGUGGCUACUUCACGUUAGAAAGAGGACGUGGUCAUUUCUGUAUUAUGAUAAGAACAUACAGAAUGUACAAUGUUAAAUAUAAAAUUAUAUUUAACAUUGAUUUUAUUCACUGAGAUUCUGACAAUCCAUUCAGAGUUCUACAAUGGUCAGCAUCCUGCUGAACAUUUGAAUUGUGAAAAACGGAAAUACCUGUCAAAUAAAAGGUACAUUCUUUACGAUGUCAAUCCGCCUGAAGGAUUCAAUCUACGGAGGGAUGUAUAUGUGAGAAUUGCUGUCUUCCUUCACAAUCUGAAUCAGGAGGACAAGGCGUAUGAAUGGAUUUUGGUUUUACCGCCAUGGGAUCACUUAUAUCAUUGGAAGAGCCCAGACAUUGAGGCCCAGUCUCAACUGCCAUGGGGGCUGUUUUUUGAUAUCUCCAGUCUACGGAAAUUCAUCCCCAUCAUUGAAAUGUACCAAUUUUUCAAAGAUUAUAAGUCGACCAACGGAGAAAUAACGUUAGACCGUGUAUUCGUACUUCAAACUGAUCCAAAAAUGUUUGAAACCAACGAUUUUCACCCUAGAAAUGAAAUUACAGCGUGCGAUCAGAAUGUAAUUAAAUUCCAAAAAACUGGAGGAGAACGAUUUAAAGGGCAUUUCUGGGGCUAUAAAAAUAUUACCGCCAAGGAUGUUCAAUGCGUAUUGUUCCAUGGGACUGCAUCGAAUUUGGUGCAAAAUUUGGAACCGACUCAAUACACAACUUAUAUGUUUGAUCAUAUGGAAACUCCUCUUCAUGAUUCUUACGGAUCUCGUGAAUUCUGGAAGGCGAGGCGUAGUAUGAGAUUUAAUUCUGAAUUGAAUGCAAUUGCAAGAGAAUUCCGAGAAAAAUACCUUAAUUCUACUGACAAUCAUGAUAAAACUGUAAAACCCGUAGAUUGGCGAAACGAAAAGGGGCAUCGCACGGCGAUCGGUGGUCCAUACUUAGCAGUACAUUGGAGACGGGGAGACUUCUUAAUAGGAAGAAAUGCAUAUGCACCAACCAUUGCAAAAGUUGCAGACCAAUUGAAAGAACAAAUGGUAAAGAUAGGCCUAGAACUUAUUUUCAUUGCAACAGACGGUAAAGAACAUGAAUUCGAAGAACUGAAAACACAUAUGAAAGGCUAUAAACUCGAGAGGUAUAUUCCUUCUAAGCAGGUGAAACAAAAAUUCAAAGACGGCGGGAUUGCAAUCAUCGAUCAGAUGAUUUGUUCUCAUGCUAGAUAUUUCAUAGGAACUCAUGAAUCCACAUUCACAUUUCGCAUCCAAGAAGAACGUGAAAUCAUUGGCUUCUCGACUGAAACAACGUUCAACUACCUCUGCUGGAAAGAUAAAUGUUCCCCGCAAAGUCAGUGGAAAAUUACAUGGUAAUAGAACUACCCAAAUAUGAUAAAUAUGGAUGUGUACAGAUAUAAUUUUUUACUUGCAUUAUAAACAAGUUUCCUUUUACGCCUAAAUCCAUUGGGGUUUUUAC